UCAGUAGUCAGGUCGACGGCCCUCGGAGGAGGUCUCCCUUUUCUCCCAGCUGCCCCCCGCUGUGCGUUUCUCGUUCUCUGCUCAGUUCAGGCGGACACGCGCGCGCGCAUCUCACCCGUCUGCGUCAGGAUGUCCCCCUCCACGUCCCCCCGCUUCUUCACGGAGAGAGAGGUGGCCCGUCACUGCACCAAGGACUCCUGCUGGGUGCUGCUGGGCACCAGGGUGUACGACGUGACCGCCUUCCUGCGGAUGCACCCGGGCGGGGAGGCGCUCAUACGCACCCGCUCGGGGAAGGACGUGAGCCGGGCGAUGGAGGGACCCCCGCACCGGCACUCGGAGAACGCCCGCAGGUGGAUGGAGCAGUACUACAUCGGCGAGCUGGACAGGGACAGCGGCUCCGAUGAGGCGCAGUCUCUGAGGGAGAGGAGGCAGGCCAGCGAGCAGACGGACGGGAAAACGGCCGGGAAGUCGACAGGAGAGAAGCUGGACGAGGAGGAGGAGGAGACCUCCCCGUACAGCCUAUGCAGCCCCGUGGACUUGGACAACGAUUUGGUGGACUGGAGGAAGCCCCUGGCCUGGCAGGUGGGACACCUCGGAGAGAAGUACGACGCGUGGGUCCACCAGCCGGUGGACCGGCCCAUCAGGCUGUUUGGAAACCCCCUAAUGGAGGCUGGAACCAAAACCUCCUGGUACUGGGUCCCUGUGGUUUGGCUCCCCAUUGUCUUUUACUACAGCUGGUACUGCUACACCACCCUGGCACAGGACACCACCCGGAUAGUCUUCACCCAAGACUUCUCCAUUCCUGUCCAUAAGUACUGGUUCCCGGUUCUCUUCCUGCUGGGCUGGUUCUUGUGGUCCUUCAUCGAGUACUGCAUCCACCGCUUUGUCUUCCACAUGAAACCCCCGGCUCAUAACUACUACCUCAUCACCAUACACUUCCUCCUGCACGGGCAGCACCACAAGUCUCCGUUUGACGGCUCUCGGCUGGUCUUCCCGCCCGGCCUGGCCUCUUUAGUGGUGGGAGCGUUCUACGCCAUCCUCCAGUACCUCCUCCCGGACAUCAUCGGGACGUGCGUGUUCGUGGGGGGCCUUUGCGGCUACGUGGUGUACGACAUGAUCCACUACUACCUGCACUACGGCUCGCCCAAGAGGGGCUCGUACAUGUACAGCCUGAAGGCCUACCACGUCAAACACCACUUCGAGCACCAGCGGGCAGGAUUUGGGAUCACCACCACGUUCUGGGAUCACCCCUUUAACACAGUCAUCCCCGAUGAGAAAUUUUAACGUAGAAACGGCUCUCCUGAAGGGCCGCAGGACUUCUCAGCAACCCUUCCCUCUGCAACCAGCUCUCAUGCAAUAACCACACACACACACACACACACACACACUCUGCAGCCUGCACUCUGUUUUUUUUGUUUUCCACUGUGAUUGUUUCUGCAUAUUUUCAGGGCCUCUUGGUGCCAUUUUUAAUAAGCUGUGCUUCUUAUCAACUGUCAUCAUCACACACAACAUUUAUGAUACAGACAAGGACACACACACACACACACACACACACACACAUAAUGUAAGGAUUUGCACAUCUGUGUGCUUUGAUUGUCGUCGUUUCUCUCUAUUUGAAGGAUUCACAGCAGAAAAAGCUUCCAAAUAAUUGCUUUAACUCUCAAAUGCAAAUGAACGUUCAGACACGCAAAAGUGUGACGAUCGAGAGUAAAGAAAGUGUGAGAUGGUCGGUGUAAGUGGACGAUGUGUGGAGAGGGAACAGGUGAAAGAAAGUGUGCGUGCACGUGCGUGUGUGUGUGUGUGUGUGAAUGAGAGUGAGCCUCCCAAUCGUGAUCUCACUGGUGAACCAACUCAGGAAGAAUCCACAUCUUUUCCCUCCUCCGCUGCUGCUUCCUCUCUUCCUCCCUCAGUCACUCUUUGUUUUUCGUGUUAUUUUGCUCUGCUGCUGCACCACGUUCCCUCCGCCACGUCUCGUCUCACUGUAGUUGUAAUUCUUUGGCCAGCUGUGAAGAGGAAAAAACAAAAACAAAACAAAAACAAACGAAAAACGUUCCGACAUGCCGAAGAUCCGUUUUCCACAUUUAAUUUAUUAAUUAUCAGGCUAAAA